UCUCAAGUGCUACACAACUUAUUUUUAACUGCAGGAUACUGUAAUUAUUUGGAUCUUGGUAUGGAAACUGGAUCAAUUCCAGACAGUAAACUAACAGCUUCAUCUGAAAAAAAUGUUAACACAGCAGCCAAGAAUGGUCGACUGAACUCAGGAUCAUCAUGGUGUGCAGGAACAAGUGACAGUAAUCCAUAUCUACAGAUUGAUCUACAAACACUUCAUAUCAUCUGUGCUGUAGCCACUCAAGGGAAUUCUCAAGCAAAUCAGUGGGUGAAGAACUACACUCUACAAUCAUCCAUAGAUAGGUCAAAGUGGACAGAUUACACAGAAAUUGGACAAGUUAAGUCUCUGAAGGGAAAUGAAGACAGAAACUCAGAGAUUAAGCACAUUCUUAAUGCAGGUGUUUUAGCGAGGUAUUUGCGAUUUUUGCCAGGAACUCACCAUGGUGGUGUGUGUUUGAGAGCAGAGGUGUUUGGAGUGAAACAAAAACCAGGUGAUUAUUACCUGUAUUACUAAAACACAUCUUUGAUGCUGUACACGUGUUGUAAGUAAGUUUGAGUCUGCGUAUCCUGUGCUUCUCUCUGGCUUCUGUAGCAUAAAACCAUCAGACUCCCCUUACAAUGGACGCUAGUCUAUCACAGGGUUACCCCCAGCAUAAGCAUUAAAGUUACUGGUACCCGUUUAUACACCUUGGGUGGAAAGAGGCCUUUAUACAUGUAUGAGUCGGAGUAAAAUGUCUUGGCCAAGAAUGCAGUUAACAUUAUAUACAUUUAUAACCAAUACACUUAAGAAUUUUUUAUCAAUACAAUUUUCAUCAAUUGCAAUUAAUUAUGAAAUGAAAGUUUAAAAUUACAGAUUAAACUACUUGCCAUUAAAUUAUAGACCCUAUUCAUAAAUGGCUGCCAGUUUAAAAUUCUUUUGUAUGCAUUUAAAUUAGCGCA